GAAAACUUGCCCGAGGCAUCUCAGCAGAGAGCUGUGCCGUGUCGAACGUCUUCUCGCAUAUUUCGAGCAACGUCUGCAGCGUCAGCGUCAUGAACGCCGUUCUCUCAGCCGCCCUCUUGCUCGUGGCAUCGUUGUGCCUCGUGCAUGCUGGCUACCCAGCCCUGCUGCCGUACGGCUACGGCUACGGCGCAGCGCACGCCCUGGUAGUGCCCAAGGUGGUGGCGCCCGUGUACACGCCCGUAGUGGCCAAGGUGCCCACGGCCGUCAGCUACUCCUACUUCCACGCGGUCCACCCGCCGCCGGUGAUCAAGCUCCACGCAGCGCCGGCCCUGGUGAAGCUGCCGUACGCGCCGUACUACCACUGAGGGAACUGCACGGCCUCCACUACCUUCCAACGCAAAAGCGGCCGCAAGCAUAUCAGUUUCCGUGACCUUACUCCCGACGGUGCUCGGAGCUCGGCAACUGGACUAGGCUGCGUACCUACCGCCUCGGUCAACGGGCGCGAUGGGAAGUCCACACACCUCCACGGCUGACCAAUCUGCAGCACGCCAGCGAUGUACAAAGCCGCCUGAAUAAAGGCCGUAUUAUUUGAAA